UACACCUUCAUCGUGUAAGCCAUCGUAAUAUGUAAUCUAAUAUGUAAGCGAUCGUUUUUUAUAGACGGAACAACACUAGUAACACACUCUCAAUUAUAAUAUUAAAGUUCGAUUUCGAAUUCGACUACAACCAAAAAGAUGACGAAUGCUUCACAAAAAGGUGGACCCGUGCGAGGCCGUUCGGAAUGGCAGAACAGGGAUGGCGGUAAGUGACUGAGGGUCACACAUUUUUUCUUCGCAAAACCGUUUUUGUUUCCGCGUUACUCCUUUGUUACUCCUUUUCUAUAAUUAGACUAGUCAACAUUCUCAAACCAUACAUAUUUGCGUACAAUGAAGUCGGCGUUCGUAGUUCUAACAGUUCUAACUAUGUAUAGUCUAUAGUAUGAACUCUUUUUUGUGUUGGACAGGUACUCGUUACAACUCAGCCAGAGACGGGGAUCGUGGAAGAAAGGUGGAACUCAAGAGAGGCCCUGACCGUUGCGUCCUUAGACCAAAUGCUCAGGUAUAUUUGACGUCUGCUGUUAGGAUAUGUUGGAUUUGCUUAAUAGCUUUUCGUUUUCCAUAUUAAUGAGUCUUCUCCUCUCCGUCACUCUCCUUCAUGGCUGAUGAUCCCUCGACUUCAACAUCAAAUCCGAUUUUACUCAACACUACAGCGAUCCACAACCGCGACAAGCAAUGGACCUCAAAAAGUGAUUUUAGCAGAAGCAACGCCAGCUGCAGGGACUGGACGUACACUAGUUACAUGUUGCUUUUUGAUCAUUUUUUUUUUCGGGAUAUUGAUUGUUCGUUAGCUUUAGUCCUGUGAAAUUUGAUUUACCUCCUCCACCCAGGUAUGAAUGGUUCAAAAGUCACUCUUGAAGGUUCAAAAGUCAACGCAAGUUCAGCUUCCGGGACAGGAUGCACAACGACCACUGGUGGGUCCUCUGCAACUGUAGAAGCGAAGAACA